AUGGGACGAUACGGACACGCCUGGGGCCCCGACAACACCAGCAGCAGGCCAGCCCUUCUGGUGGGCAUUGCCGUCGGUCGAAAGUUUCCCUUCCUGGGAGACGUCGAAUCGACAUGGGCGAACGUGGAGGAGACGAUCCGGAACGAAGUCGGGGGCGCUUACCCGCUCCGACGUAACAACCGCCAGAAGCUUUUUAGGUGCAAAGAUGAGCACGAGAAAAGCUUGCCCAACCGAUGGAGCACGGUGCGGAUAGAGUGCGCCCAGGCGGGGACACCGGCCAGAAGCCCCCUCUCGGACGACUGCAAGAGACGCAGGAACACGUCCUCCAAGAAGAUCAACUGCAACUGGAAAGUGCUUUGCCAGUGGCCACAGAGGACGGUCGGGCCUUACAUCACACAGGUUCACCUCACGCACGACACGACCCCGGAGGGGGGCAUGUCUGACGGGAAGGAGCACCCCCCUCCCCGGGUUUUCGGCGAUGAGCUCAGCAAGGAAGAAAUCCAGCAACAAGAGCUGAAGAUCAAGGAGCUGGUAGAGGCCGGGUUCGGCACGACGGACUUACAGAAGUACCUCCAGCGCGACGGGAAGAGGCUGGGAGAGCAGGGAAAACAAAAGGUGCGAAACUUGCGGCGCAAGUACCAGGAGGCCAAGCCUCUUGCGAACGCUGGCUUGUCAUCUCAGACACCUUCAGUCGUAGCACCGCCAGAGACGCCACGACAUAUACAACCGUUACCGCCGCCGCCGCCACCACCACCACCGCUACCACCGCGGGAGAGCAGCGCGGAGCCUUUCGGGCUAGGGGCGUCACCCUCGCUGCCCCUGGCGGUCUCCUCCCCGAGUGCUUUCGUUCGCGAUAGCCCGCAUGGAGUCCGCUUAAGCUCAACAGCACCCGGCGCGGGAGCUCGCUCGAACGGGGAAGCUUCCAACCCCAGCCUGGAGACGAGCAGGCACGCCGAUUGCAUGGCCUUCGCCAAGGAGCUCGCCUCGGCGUGUUCGGAGAUAAAGAGCCGCGAUGCCAUGUACCGUGUCAUCGCGCACGCGAGAGUGGCCGCGCUGAACGCCAUCCAGGUGGAGCUACAGUGCCAGGGCCGCCGCGCCACCGGGACCAGCUGGGCAUGAGGAGCGGCCGACGCCUCGCCGCCGUCGCGCAUGAAAGAUUAUAGUAUUGCAUGUGUCUGUUGUAUGUUCUGAUCCCUUUUUUUUUUUAUGGUCAAAGCCACCUUUCCCAAGAAAUUUUGUAAAGGCUCUAUUUCUGUAUAUGUUCUGGUAUUGACUAUGUUUUUUUUCUAUCGAAGUACUCUAGUCCAGCAGUCACCUGACUUGGUGUUGGAGCGGGGGCAAGGGAGAACAUGGCUCGUCACAGCGUUGUUGCAGCCGAAGGAAACGCAGAAGCGUUUGCGAUGGCCGAGGGAUCUCGUGCCUGCUACCUUGUGUGCUCGGGGUAGCAGUAGAAGCGGAGAGGUGCACUCAUCGGCCAUGACGCGGUCUGGGCGGUGUACCCUUGUGCUGCGUCGGCGUGUACGCCCGUACCACGUGUGGGCCUUCUCCCGCUAUCGUCAUGAGGCAUGGCAAAGUGUCGGAGCAUGAUAUGCCACCCAAGCCCCUCCCCCCCCGAGGAGGCGUGUGGCGCAACGUGCCAAGGGCACACCGUAGGACCAUCGGUCUUGCCAACGUUGGAAACGUGGCAAAGCAUCAGGCGACUGAUAAUUUAACAAUAUUGUAAGGAGUAAGAACAGACAUUGUGGUUGACGAUUUUUAGGAACUUUGAGGGGUGCACGUGUUUUUCAGUCCGGGGCGUUUCUAGAAGGGUGGCGUUGGCUUCCAGUACACCACACGCAGAGAAGAGAACGAACGUUGCAUCAGCCGGUCGUUUUUCUUGUCUUCAAAACUGGGCACACCUGGGCCCAUCCAGUACGAGCUUGAGGCGCGUCGAGAGCAGGGUGGCUGGGGGUACGCGGGCGUUGGGUCGGAGCGCCGUCUUUCUCCCGUAGCUUGGUUCGUAGCGAUAGAACGCAGACGUCGACUGUGUGCGUUCGCAUGGCAAGGUGUACACAACGACGACGUGCACCACAUGACGUUGAUAUGUUUUUAUUUGAUUUGUGAAACGAAGUCACUACUGUACACCUGUGCUGUAGAACCGCUGCUUGGAUGUCUGCGGCUGCUGUGAUUUCUAGGUGGCUUUGUCGUGCACUGCUGUGUGGCGUCCAACGUGUCUUGGGGCCUAUGUACAAUUUACGCUGCCGAAAGCUUUGCGUGUUUUAAUUGGGCCGUGUUUUGGAUUACCGUAAGAUCAAUACGAUAAGUUCAGAGGGUCACAGACCACGGGGGGUCUCAUCGGGCUGGGUGGGUGCAGUUCGAAGAGAAAGGAGGAUGCCUGACUCGAGAGUCCGAGAAUAUUCUCACUCACCAUUUUCCGUCUGGUCAGGACACUCUUUCCGAAAAUCAGAGUCAAUUCCAGACAAAAGUAGCGACGAUGGGGAAUGUCCAGGUCUUUUCGAGACACCGUAGGGUGAAGUGGGCGUCGAUCAAUAAGCUAGUCUCAUUCCAUGCUGAGUAGAAGAUUGUACUUGGAUGAGUCGCUUUUUAAGUUGGGGAUGUCCUGUUGUGUUGUUUAUCGUUUUUUGUUUUGUUGUACCG